CCCGACGAAAGACACCGUCUCUACGUUGAGUUAUGACAGCUGCAGGUCGGCGUGUCAUCUGUCCAUGCUCUGGCAAAACGUUUGAAUCUGCUGGCUGCGAUGUAGCUCUCGCUGCCUUGGAGUCUACCGAUUCUGCUUCACCGCCAGAUUUGGCCACGCCCCAGCUGCCUAUUCCAAAAGAGUCCAUGCUCCCCUGCUCCCAUCUCGUGGUCUUUGCCUGCCUGUUGUCUCGGAUUUCGGAACAACUGGAUUCAACGACACGUCCCUCUUCUCUCUUCGAACCGAUCCCUUGCAUUCCUCAUUCUUCUUCCGCGACGAGCUCCUCAUAGAUGACCUUCCCUGGAAAUCACCUAGGCCAUGAUACGAGUUCGCUUUUACUCGGUGACACGACCCGCAUCGACGUGAUUACCUUUUUCCAGGCUCCUUUUCCCAUGACGACCGACCAUCAUGUCCUCUCUGGCCCACACGUACGGAGAGAAUUGCCGCUUGGCUCCCGUCUCUCGACCAGUCCAAACCGACGACGGAUCCGACGAGGCACCGCCCAUUGCCGCCCAAUUCUUCUAUACUUCCCUUAUCCCCAUCGACGAUCCACCCUCGCACGGCACCAUCGCGGGGGUCUCUGAAGCCAAAUCCACAAAGGGGCGCCUGCGCCUUUUCUCUGCAGGAGAUAAUAACGCCCUCGAGAAGGCCUGGCUAUCCAUCGCGUCCGAACAAGGCCGUCGUACCCACCAGGAAGCCCGCAAAUCUAAAACCCUAAGCCCAGCACUUACCGACGCCAACGCCUCAAAGCUGGCUUCGUUGAUUCGCCAUAUUGUCAGGGAACACAGGAAGAAACAUGGCGAUCUCCGAGGCCCGAACCCGCUCGUCCCUCCCUCUGCCCUCGAGCCUACGACUCCCUCCGCCGCAUGCUGCGCCGAGCUCCACGUGGACGUGUCCACAGAACUGCAGAACUCCUUCUGUGCCCUGCUCCGGAGACGCCAUGCUUCUCUUAGCCAAGAAUCCGUCGUUCAGGACGUCAUGAUGGAGAUGAGAGGUCUGUCGUCCGAGCCCGCCGCUGGCGAUGCUAUCACCGCCGCUAGCGGGGAGCACACUGAACCCAUCGUCUCAGGGAAAGGUACAUUUGAAAGUCCGUCGACAGAUCCCCGUCGUUUCCCGAACGCCCCGAGCCAGUCCGGACAAGGAGAAGAACCCCUUUCCAGCAGUGUCAAGGGAGGAGGACAGUGGAUGGCCUCCCGCGCUAUUGAGGAUAUUCGCCGCCCACGUACGCCGACCUUUCCCCCUCGGCACUCCGCUAAUGACGGAAUAUCUGGCACACCCUUCGCACGAGUUGAGAGUCACAGCACAACCCCGGAGGCUGGGACUCCCAUUCUUUCACCUGUGGACCGUCCGGCUGGCAUGGUAGCCGAAAACGAACGUCGGCGUGUUGAGACCGUCCCAGGGCGCUCAGACAGGGCCCCAAGUCUCGCAGCAUCCGACAGAGAGAUAGACUCCUCCUAUAAGACAAAUACCGUGGAUGUCCCCGUCGGUGUAUCUCGCCUUCACAUGGUGUCUCUCCCCGCUCUCCAGAUGAAGCCGAUAUACUGGUCACCAGUCAACGACAUUGCCGUCGUGUUGAGAGCUACAUGGUUCUACAGAGAUACCAUGCUCCCCGUUCCUUCCGCCGUUGCGAAUCAACUCGAAUCGGGCUACCAAGAGCUGCGGCCAUACACGGAAACAUGGAAUGACGAACUUCGCUGUGCUAUUGAUGUCGGGCCAUUGGGGGAAGAAAAGGUCUCUCACCGCCUAUGGCCCGAGAGACCGGGGAUAUCAAGCGACGAAGGCCUCGGCGCUGACGACACAGCCAUAUCAACCGAUCCGUUCUGCGCCGCCAGGUGCUUCCGUGGUGAAGCAGCAGCCCAGGGCUCGACUGAUCCGGAACCUGGACAAGGCGCGGCGCAACACAAGAGCUUUCAUAGCUAUCAUGUCAUAUACAAAGACGCCUCUUGCGCCUUCUUGUUGAAGCCAAGCCUCAAACCCUCGGCGUACUAUGGAAGGCGCCCGGUCGCGAAGAUCAUGAAAGGCGUCACUGUGGGCAUCCCCGUCGUACGAGGGUUCGAUCCGGAAGCGUGGGAGCGUCUACACGACAAAGCUUCUCGGCGCAAGGCUCGUCAGCCAAGUAUGGGGAGUUCUCCCGACGACUUGAGACAGGCCGUGUGCCCAGCUUGCAGAGCACAGAAGGAUCGCGGUCAGAUCACCGAUCUGGUCCUCGUCUGUCACGGCAUUGGCCAGAAGUUCGCCGAGAGGGUUGAGAGCUUCCAUUUCACGCACGCCAUCAACGCCUUCCGAAGAGAAGUCAACCUGGAGCUUGGAAACCCCGCCGUAAGGGGGAUACUGCGAGAUGACCAGAACGGCAUUAUGGUUCUUCCCGUCAACUGGCGCCACACACUGUCCCUCGACGAUGGCGGACCCAUGUCGGAGGAGGAGAAGGCGAACAUCGCGCCCGAUAGCUUUGGGUUAAAAGACAUCGAGCCGAAAACCAUCCCCGCCGUGCGUAGCUUAAUUUCGGACAUCAUGUUCGAUAUACCUUUCUACAUGUCCCACCACAAGGGGAAAAUGAUCGAGGCCCUGGUGAUAGAGGCUAACAGGGUGUACCGUCUGUGGUGUCGCAACAACCCGGGUUUCCAAGACCAUGGUCGUGUGCACCUUAUAGGCCACUCGCUGGGAAGUGCCAUGGCCGUCGACAUUCUCUCCCGACAGCCCAACCGACCCCCUCCCUUGGAUCUCUCCUCGCCGGUGCCGCACACCACCCACUUUGAGUUCGACACCAAGAACCUGUUCCUCGUAGGUAGUCCGGCCGGAUUCUUCCUACUCCUCGAGAGAGGCUGCCUCGUUCCUCGAAGAGGCCGCCUGAAGCCGGGCGCCGAUCCCGGCGACGUCCACUCCCAUAAUGUGACCGGCCAAGCCGGCUCCUUCGGCUGCUUGGCGGUAGACAACAUCUACAACGUCCUGGCCAAGGAAGACCCGAUCGCCUACCUCCUCAACGGCACCAUCGAUCCUGUCUACGCAGCCAGUCUGCAGACCGCUUACGUCCCGAGCACCGCCACUUCGUUCUUCCAAUACAUCGGCGACGCGGUCUGGGGUCUAGUUCCGGGAGCGACGCGGCAGGCGGGCGCAAGCGGCGUCCUGGACCCGAUGGCGGCGACCCAGAAACCCCUGGCUGUCACGCGCCUCCCGUCGCAGCUCGAACUCGAAGUGCACGACUUCACCCGCGAGGAGAUGGCCGAGCGCAAAGCCUACCUGCUCAACGAUAACGGGCAGAUCGACUACUUCCUCCGCUCCGGCGGGGGUCCGCUCGAGAUUCAGUACCUGAACAUGUUGAGCGCACACUCUAGCUACUGGCUCAGUCGCGACUUCAUCCGGAUGCUGUGCAUGGAGGUUGGCAGGAGGCCGGGACGGGCGCAUGCACUGCCUGCCAUGAGGGCGCAAAGGGCCAAGAAACCCGUAUUGGGAGCCUGAAGGGCGCAUCCGCCCCCUUCUCUCUCUUUUUCUUUUCCCGCUCUCUUUUUUAUUGUUAUCUUUUUCCCCCAAUUUUCAACAUGAUAAACAUGAGAACAUGAUAGUUUGACAAGCCACGAAUAGCAAGGCGUCGGCGAGAUUUCACAGCUACAACCCUUUUUCAUUUUCCCCGUUGAAGGGCUAGGAGGGCGUUACGGCGGGAGUUGGUGUAACAUCAUACUCGCAGACUGUUUUCGAGACGGUAUCGCUUUUCUCGUCAUUGACAUGAGAGCGCUCGUUUCCCCAUCACCAUGAAAAAAUUACGGAUAAGCUGUGACGAUAGGUGCGGAUAGAAUACAUGAUAGAUUAAUUCAGACGGCAUCAUCUGAAUGAAAUUCCGCCAUUGGGGCUGGCUAGACUGGAAACCCCCCCUU